AUGGAGAAAUCAGACAAUGAAAAAAUCGAGGUCGCACGCCGCGGCAGCGAUGCCCACGCCGACGUCGUCGCGCCCGAGAUUGAUGCCACGCGCGACCUGACCGUCGCCGAGCACGAGCUCGGCUUCUGGGCCGCGGUGCGCAUGUACCCCAAGGCCACCUUUUGGGCCAUGUUCUUCUGCAUCGCCGUCGUCAUGGCCGGCUUCGACGGCCAGAUCAUCACCUCCUUCUACGCGCUGCCCGCCUUCCAGCUCAAGUACGGCGACCGCAUCGAAAAGGCCGACGGCACCGUCAAGUACGAGGUCGCCGCCGCCUGGCAGACGGGCCUCGGCAUGGGCAACCCGAUCGGCCAGGUCAUUGGCGCCCUGGCGUGCAGCUACCCGCUGCAGUGGUUCGGCCGCCGCCUGACGCUGGCCAUGUGCUGCGUCUGGUCCAUUGGCUUCAUCUUUAUGCAGUUUUUUGCCACGUCCACGGCGAUGCUGUGCGCGGGCGAGGUGGUCGGCGGUCUUGCGUACGGCUUCUAUGUCGUGAUUGCGCCGACGUACGCCUCGGAGGUGUGCCCGGUUGUGCUGAGAGGUUUCCUGACUGCGUCGGUCAACUUGGCCUUUGUCAUUGGCCAGUUUAUCGCCCAGGGAUGCGCCGCGGGCGUCGAGAGCCGUCUGGACCAGUGGGCAUACAAGGCGCCCUUUGCUGUCCAAUGGGUCUGGCCCGUGGUGCUGCUCGCUGGUCUUGGCUUUGCGCCCGAGAGCCCGUACUGGUUGGUCCGCUGCGGACGCAAGGAAGAUGCUCGCAAGUCGCUGCUGAAGCUGACUUCCGCCAAGCACAGCCCGGACGUUGACAAGAUUUUGCUCGGAAUCGAACAAACCGAUCGGCUGGAGCGGGAAUACGAAGACUCUACCUCGUACCGGGACUGCUUCAAGGGCUCCAACCUUCUCCGAACUGAGAUUUCUGUCAUGGUCUACCUGAUCCAAGUCAUUGGCGGCAACCCUCUUAUUGGCUACGCCAAUUACUUUUUUGAGCAAGCCGGACUGCCGAGUGCCAAGGCUUUUGACAUGGGAGUUGGCAACACUGCCCUUGGCUUUGUGGGCACCAUACUCUCCUGGCCGUUGAUGAACUAUUUCCUUCUCGGAAGAAGGACAAUCUAUACCGGCGGCUUGGGAAUCAUGACCCUCUUGCUCUUCAUCAUCGGGUUCCUGGCAAUCCCCAAGGGCAACACCGGUGCUGUCUGGGCGCUUUCAACGCUCAUGGAUAUCUGGACUUUUGUAUACCAGAGCAGCGUUGGCCCGAUCUGCUUCGUCAUCAUCUCGGAGAUAUCGGCAACCCGACUGCGCGAAAAGACAAUUGCCAUUUCGACAGCGGUUCAGUCUGCGGCCAAUGUUGUCACCAUGGUCGUCAUGCCUAUCCUUCUCAACAGCGAGAAAGCCAAUUGGGGUGGCAAGACUGGCUUCCUCUUUGGCGGCAUCAGCUUCCUCUGCUUCGUGUGGUGCUUUUUCCGCUUGCCCGAGUCGCAGGGCAGGACGUACGAAGAGCUGGACAUUUUGUUCCACAGACGCAUACCUGCACGCAAGUUUAAGAGCUAUGACCUGGUUGCUGAAGCAGAUGAGAAGUACACGACUGCUUAG